AUGCCGCUCGCACGUCCCUAUGAGCCUCAAGAACGCGACCAAUACCCCGCGCCCAGCGCUCGAAUCAUCAUACAUCAUCCAGGCUACGCAGAUGGCUAUGACACACUGAUACGUCUGGACGGGUUCGACAAGAAAGAUACAUCAUCGUCGCUCGGUCUGCACAUGGGCACAGCUUUGGUCAUAUGCGGCAUUAUUACAAGUCACUUCAGUGGGUACUUUACACGCGUGAAAGAGAAGGAGGCUCAACAGAUACAAUUUGAGGAUGAUGCAGUUCUUGAAGGUGGAGAUUACUACCUCCAUAUUCCUGGCGACGAGACCUACGCCGUGUGCCCCGCUUUCGAGCAUUGGAAAUUUCCUCACGAUAACCCUCUGUCACCGUGGGCUUGCUCGGCCAUCUCCCACUCCUCCACAGGCAUUCAGCCUAACAAGAGCUACGCCCAUCAAUCGUCAACCUUUACUCGAGAUCAGGGAUGCCUAGUCAGUCGAUAUCGAGAUAUGAAAGAGGCUUGUCAUGUAUGCCCCGCAGAGGAGUUGGUUUGGUUUCGGCAAAAUAACAUGACCAACUAUAUUCUUGACACGGAUGUGCUCGCAAAUGCCUUACUGGAGGAUGUCGCGAACCUCGUCGCCUUGCGCCGCGACAUACAUAAAUCCUUUGACGAUCGAGAAUGGGCAUUUGCGGGGAAAGAGGGUGUUUGGUCCGUGCAUUUUUUGAAGCCGACCAACGAUCUGGGGCCAACUUACCACAAUCUCCGGGUACCUGAUCUACAAGGCAAAGUGUCAGGUCAGCUUCUCCUGACUAGACUGGCGUGGGCGGUCCUUCCGCGCAUGAGGGAGUUCUGGUCAGGCCCCUCGAAACGAUGGGUGACUGUACGCACUGUGAACGAAUCCGAUGGUACAACGGGAUGGAUCAAGAAAUACCUCAACCAGCAGGAGACAGAAAGAAUGAUGCGAAAAAAGAGUCGAAGCCCCGCCAAACGCAAGGCUCCUGACGGUGAUGGCCAAGAUGCUGUGGAAGAGGAGGGAGCAGAUUGUGGCGGUUCUGAAAGCUCUGAAGAUUCAAACUGGCACUGGCCGAGCUCUUCGGAGGAAGAUGACUCUCCACGGCGCGGCAGAAAGAGAAAGAGGAGCAGCGCUUCAUCAGCAUACCAAUCAGUGUCGCUACCGCCUUGCAAACAAAUCACAACCUGUUCGGAUCUUCCCUCUUACCACAAUACCCACCCCACACCCGACGUCGAGCAUGUCGUACUCGAUGAUCAAACCUUUGCGCCAUGGUCGACGUCUGAACGAGCUUAA